CCCCGCGCGCUGCGGGCCCGGGGGACGGUGAGGGGCGCCGAGCGGAGAGCGCAGACCCGGCGCCCCCCCCAGCCCCGGGCCUCGCACCCCGGCGUUGUAGCGCGCGGCUCGCUGAGCCGCCCUACCCCCCGGGCGGCCGGGACGGGGGCGAGUGCCAGCGCAGGGGGUCCCUGGACGGCCCGGCGUGCGGCGGAGGGCGGAAACCCCUCCUGCAACCUCCCCUCCCCUCCCUUCCCAGCCAUGGAUGGUCCCAGCCUUCGCGAGCUCCAGCAACCUUUGCUAGCGGGUGUACGCUGUGAGACCCCUGUCCAGAAGGCUGGGGAGCCUGGGCUGGGGGCCCCCUUGACAGAGACAGCCUUUGCGGAGUCCCUGAGGGGAUGGCAGACCCUAACACCACCGCUUCCCUCUGUGAGCUCUGGCCUGGGGGAGCCAGACCCCCCGGACCUUGAGGACACAUCAUCCAGUGACAGUGACUCGGACUGGGAUGGGAGUGGCCGUCUCUCCCCACUUCUACCCCAUGACCACCUCGGCUUGGCCGUCUUCUCCAUGCUCUGCUGUUUCUGGCCUGUGGGCAUCGCAGCCUUCUGCCUGGCUCAGAAGGUUCCUUGAACACUGGAUGUAGGAUCCUAGUUCACUGCUGCUUCCCAAGCACCUAACAAGGCCUGCACGUAGGAGGUGCUCAACAGACAUCUGUUGGAAUGAAUGCAUAUUGAUUCAGUCAUUCAAUAGCUAUGAGCUCUUAUUAGUGGUAUCCUUGGAGGGUGGGGAUGUCUGUGCCCCCUGGGCCUGGGAGCAGCACGCCAGCUCUCUUGGCAUGUCAGGGACUGAGGCUCUGUCCUCCUCCUGCAGCUUCAAGACCAUACGCUCACACAGUGACACAGGGACAGAGGCCAGGCUGGGCCGCUGGUUUAUUAUUCACGGGAGGCAGCGGAGAUGGCAGCAGGAGGGCACCGCACCCAGCUGGCCUCAGCUCUUGGAGUAGCGUCUCUGUACAGACUCCCGGUAGAAGCGGAAGAUAUGCUGGGAGGCAGCCUGGGCGGCCGCCAGGCACUGCUGGAGCUGGGAGGGGAGAGGCAGGUCAGCGCUGGGGGCCCAGCCUGGACCCACAUGCAGCCCGGCUGACCUCAGAGGUUCCCUGACCCCAUGUGAUUCCACAGCCCCCAAACCUUCCUCCUCCCUGUUCACCUCA